UGAAUUCUUGAUAUGGAUGCCGCAGAGUUCCGAAAAAGAGGGAAAGAGAUGGUGGACUAUAUUGCUGACUACCUUGAGAAGAUAGAAAAGAGGCAGGUCUUUCCUGAUGUGCAGCCUGGUUACCUGAGACCUCUUCUUCCAGAUUCAGCUCCUGAAGAACCUGAAACUUAUGAAAACAUUCUUAAAGAUGUUGAAAAGAUCAUUAUGCCUGGGGUGACUCACUGGCAUAGUCCGUACUUCUUUGCCUUCUUUCCGACUGCCAACUCUUUCCCAGCAAUUCUGGCUGACAUGCUGUCUACAGGCAUUGGAUGUAAUGGAUUUUCUUGGGCUUCAAGUCCAGCAUGUACAGAACUGGAAAUGGUUGUGCUGGAUUGGCUUGGCAAGAUGAUCGAUUUGCCACCAAAGUUUUUGGCGAAGAAUGGACAGGGGGGUGGGGUCAUCCAGGGCACUGCCAGUGAGGCUACCUUAGUUGCAAUGCUUGCAGCUCGCACCAAAGCCAUCCAUCGUGUCCUAUCGGAAAAUGAAAAGCUGACUCCAGAAGAUGUCAUGGGCAAACUAGUGGCCUAUAUGUCUGACCAAGCUCAUUUCUCCGUUGAGAAAGAUAGUAUGAUUGCUGGAGUGAAAAUUAAACAGAUACCUACAGAUGAGAAGUUUGCUGUACGUGGAUCUGCUCUAAGGAAAGCUAUAGACAAUGAUAAAGCUACUGGACUCAUCCCAUUCUUUUUUUGUGCUACACUUGGAACCACAUCGUGCUGCUCCUUUGACAAGCUGAUAGAACUGGGUCCAAUAUGUAAUGAGGAGACUAUUUGGCUGCAUAUUGACGCAGCGUAUGCUGGGAGCGCAUUUAUUUGCCCUGAAUUCCGUUACCUUCUCAAUGGAGUAGAGUUCGCAGAUUCAUUUAACUUCAAUGCACACAAAUGGCUCUUAGUGAACUCCGAUUGUUCUGUUAUGUGGGUGAAGAAGAGAUCGGACUUAACACGUGCCUUUCAAAUAGAUCCUGUUUACCUUAAGCAUGGCCAUGAAGGAUCUGAACAUAUAACAGAUUAUAGGCACUGGCAGAUCCCUCUGGGACGACGAUUUCGUUCAUUGAAAGUGUGGUUUGUGCUUCGAAUGUAUGGUGUGAAGGGUCUGCAAGAAUACAUCCGGAAGCAUAUUAAGCUGGCACAUGAAUUUAAGGACCUAGUGCUUCAGGAUGACCGAUUUGAGAUUUGUGCUGAUGUCAUAAUGGGUCUGGUGUGCUUCCGACUUAAGGGUUCUAACAGACUUAACGAAGCACUUCUUAAAAGCAUAAACAACGCACGACGGAUUCAUCUUGUCCCAUGCCACCUGAGAGAGAAAUUUGUGCUACGCUUUGCGAUUUGUGCCCGCACAGUGGAGUCUGCCCAUGUCCAGUUUGCCUGGAAACACAUUGUGGAUUUAGCAAAUGAACUUUUGAAUGGGCAGAAAGAGUAGGAGUAGUGGAAGAAGAAAAUGAUUUGAUUCAGUUGAAGAUUUAAAGAAUGAUAAGAGACAAAUUGUGGUAAUAUUAUAUGUUCUUCUAUAUCCUAACACUUACAAAAUGACCAGUAUCAAUGGUGUGCUGUAAUCAAGACCAAGAAUUAUAUAGAUUGGAACCCAAUAACUGCUUUGCUGAAUCAGGGCUCGAUAACCCUGUCAUGUGCUUUCUAAGACCCCUUCCAAACAGCCAUAUAAUCAAGAAUAUCAAGA